UUUUCCUUUCCAAACAAAACCAACUUCUUUCUUUUUUCCCUAACGAUACCCCCAAAUUCAACAAAGAGAACUUCCUCUAAAAAGGCCACAAAACACAGAGAAAAAAAAAAAGCAACAGCCAUGUCUGAAAACGAUGCGAACCAGUCCCCCGUCGACCGACAGGACCCUCCUCCCAACAGCGAGCACCUCAACAUCAAGGUCACCGACAACAACAACGAGGUCUUCUUCAAGAUCAAGCGCAGCACCAAGCUCGAGAAGCUCAUGACGGCAUUUUGCGAGCGCCAGGGCAAGUCUCUGAAUUCAGUGCGGUUCCUGUUUGAUGGCACACGAGUCCAGCCAACGGAUACCCCGGACGCGCUCGAGAUGGCAGACGGUGACACUCUCGAGGUGCACCAAGAACAAGUUGGAGGACGCCUGCUGGGAUGACAACGCCGUGACAGAGUGGGGGGCAAGGCGACGAUGAUAUCGAGUACGAGUGAAAGAAGAAGCGGAAUACGGAAAAUGGAAAGACGCUGUGCGCGCAUCUGAGCUGGGUAAUUGGGUUCACAUUCUAUCCCACAUACUAUCUACCAUGACUUGUGUAAUACAUUAGAAUUAAGAGGGGAGAGAGAGAGACAGAGACACAGAGGGAACUUGCUUUUCUACGACGGCCAAUCAUGGCCACAUGCUGGUCUUUACGCCUGCUCGUCCGUUCAUACGAUAGUGGCGAACUGACUGUUUCGCGGAGACGGAAAUGAUAUACGCGAUGAAAAUGCAAUUACAAGCCAUAAGCUAGGUUUACCUAUUUCAAUCAUUAUAUCCCAAUGCAACCGAUCCCAUUGUCGCCCCCAUGAUAGAAACGCCUCGUCAAAAUGCAUACACAAAAUCCGUAAACGGC